AUGAGAGACGAUUCCUUCUCCCUGUUACUAAAACCCACAACAAACACCAAACUGACCCCAGGUUCUCAGGACGGGGAUCUGGGUUAUACUGGACUGUUUUCCAGCUAGUCAGUAGAUUUUGAGCUCCAACUGCCUCUCGUCGACAGCUGUUUCAUGGGAACCCAGGAGGGAGAGAGAGAUUGGGUAGAUGUGGCAAAUGAUCUACUCAGCAAGUGUCCCAUAAACCUAAGGCUGAGGAAACUGACGGACUGUGAUGCAAAUGUUUUCAUUGCUCUGUAUGAAAAUCUUGGGGAGAAAGUUCCAGAUUACAUUGCAGCGCCAUGCAGUCAAGAGGAUGAAGCCCAUAACAUUCAGUCUGUGAUUGAUUCACUCUCCCUGGAUUACCUUCAGAUCAGUCUCUCACACAUUACAGGAGAAAAUGUUUUCAGAGGGGACAAAGAGUCGAUCAAGAACCUCCUGGAAAUCUUUGAUGGCCUCCUCGAAUAUCUCAAGGAGGAGAUAAGCGAGGAGUCGCAGAAUGGAGAGGAACUGAAUGACAAUCUCAAUGAAGAUGUUCCUGGUGAAACAAGGAGCCCACAUGCUGUAAUGCCACAGAGCAAAAGGAGGACUAAACUGGAGAGGAGCACCGUUUCUUAUCGUUCAGGGUCCGCUGUGUAUUCCAAACAUUCCCUCCAUACCUGGAAUGCUGAGGAGAUGGGAUCAACCAGUGAGCUCAUUGGGCUGGGAGUCUCGGCACGCACAUUCACAGCCAAACAAGACGACGCAGUCACCACCUCUGGUCCUCUGGACGCACAGGACGCUCCACUGAUUGAAGCCCUGCCCUCAGCCAUCGCCCUGUCUCACCCGGCCCAGUGCAACACCCCCCACAGACCUGACCACAGACACACACUCGCCCAGCAGAUCCCCAUAGCUGCUGGCAUCAGCCAAGGGCAUGCGGCGGAGGAAGCCGCUCCUGUCACUACAAGAGGUAGCCUUAUGAUUCAGUAUGAUCAGGCCACUAAACCGGUACCUGAGACAGUUGUUACCAAUGGACUACAGUUUCCUCCUCUUUCCCAGUCUCCUCCUGCAAGUGAGAAGUCUUUGUCCAGUCAGCAAAGAGCCAGGACAGAGGUGGAGGAAGAGACACUUGAGCCGACUAACGGGGGUCCCAAGAGGGUUUUAUUCCGCACCAAACCAGAUGUGCUCUUCCUCACCCUGCAGGAUGAGAUGGCGGCCACGACCCCUUGUCCGACAGACACCGAGGAGGAAGAUCAAGAUGAGGAGGAUCUGAGGUACACAUUAAGACAAGCGGACAGAAGGAUCGAUCACAGUGAUCGGACAGGCCUCAGUAGCAGGUUGGAGGAGGACGGUUUGGAGGAGCCUCUCUCGUAUCGCAGACAGAGGAACAAAAAAGCAGAAGAGGAGCUGCAUCACAUAUCUGAGAACCUCUCCCAUCGACUUGAGGAACUUGAUCAGUGUAUGCUCAAACGAGUUCUGGGUGAAAGUGGAGAUUCCAGUGAGAGAGAAGAGGACAAGCAGUCCCACCACAGUGACAGCGUCAUGGAGUGUCGCAGGACUCCCAGACAACACACGGUUUCAGGAGCACCUGACACUGAAUCCACCCACCGGACACGCUCCUUAUCUCCCUCCCCUACACGGGUCCGUCGCUCCCUGCAGGGACAGUUAGAAGCUGCCAUGGCAGAAGCCUUGAGUCUAAAUGAUGGGAGACAAACCAACCUUGCGUCUGAUCAUUCAAGGCAAGGAGAGCUACUCCACAGACCGUCUCACAGAAAACCUAGCAAGUCUCUCUCUUCAGUAUCUGGGAAUAAGGCCUAUGAGGAGGAGUUGAAAAGAUAUGAAGACAAAGAACGGGCAGAUCUAGACAAGGCGCGCCUCAAAGCUCAGGAAGCUGAGCGCCAGUACAGAGAGGCCAUACUAAUGGAUGUUUCCAAAGCCUCCAGACUGUCCCCAGCUAGAACAAAGGCCAAGCACAGGUCACAACAUAAUGCACAAACCACACCGGGACGGAGAUGGCAGGAGGCCCCAAGAAAAGCUUCAUCAAUGAAGGUGAAGGAGAAUGAGCUCCUCCCCGUGCUCCGGGAGGAGUUGCCCCACCUUCACAUCUCCCAGCACGCCCUGGGUCGGAUGUGGGAGCAGCAGAUGCAGCAGGUGGACAGACUCCACGCCCUAUCAUCCCCUCAUAGCCAGCGCCGCAGCAAACUCUCCAGCCAGGUGGAGGAAGCCCAGAAGAAACAUGACCUGCUGCAGGAGAUCGUCCGCAAAGAGCAGGAUCACAACAGGCGUCUGAGGGACUUCAAAGAGCGUAUCCAGCAGCAGAAGUCGACCCAGACCAGACUGAGGGAACAGAGGCAGCAGGUAGCACGCGCCAAAAAGUACCACAGCGACUACCAUGUCCAGCACCGUGCCCGCCUGAUGAGGGCACGCACCGAGGAGGAGAGGAUGUUUCGGCAGCUGUUUGAGGAGGGGUUGGACCUACAGAAGUCCGGUUGAGAGAGCAGAAAGCCUUCGCCUAAGGAGCAGCGGCUGGAAAACCAGAGACGACACCAGGACCAGAUCAAGUCCAUGGAGAACUACUACAAAGACCAAUUUUCACUACUAGGAAAACUUUCCCAGGAGCGGCAGGACAUCCAGGUUCGCAAAAAAGCUCAAGAAAAGGCUCUGCUGAAGAUGAAGCGAGAGCUGCGUUCGAGAAUGGAGCGUGAGAUUGGUGAACUACAGAAGAUCAUCAUCCAGAACGAUGAGGAAGACCAUUUCCAGGAUCUGGAGGUCCAGAGGCUGCGCAAUCGGGUCCAUAUGGCUUCCUUCCAGUACAACACUAGCUACCUGCACUGAGCAGGGAAGUGGGACACAGGGCUGUUUUAAGCUCCUCUUAAUCAAGGCUGGAUUUAAAUCAGAGGAACAUGCUUCAAAAUACUUUUUCUGCCUUCCACAACUAAGGGUACGACUUUCUGACUGCUGAACAGUACAUCUGCAUCUUCCUUUAGAGAUUUGCACAGAAGAGGAAAUUCACAUUGUAAGAACAAGUCCUGAUGAUUAUUAACACACUCCGACAAAAUGUAGCUACUAGCUAAUUCAGCUAACUUCCUUUCACCUCAGCUGAACUUACCGACACCUUGGACCAAGUCCUCGUCUUCCAUGGUUUUUAAUACUUAAUAACUAAGAAUGUUUUAAAAUGGCUCCCUCACUGUGCAGUCCUGUGUGCUGAUAUUGUAGCAAACUAGUUCAAAUGUUCUUCCUCUUGCCAAAUAAGGACCACCGAUGCAAGCCAAUAAGUAUGAAUGUCCCACACUGACAGAUUUUUAACUCCCAUCUUUCUCACUUAUUUGUGUGAUGUCUUCCUUUUGUAAUGAAUUAACCAUGGCAGUGGAUUAUUUAUUUUUAAUUAACCUGGUGUUGUGCUCUCUGAUCACCAGGAGCAAUGAUAAUCAGUCUUUCAUGACUGUCCUUUUUCCUCUGCUCCAUUGUGAUUGUCUUUAACUCUCAGCCAGAACUAAAGAUAUGGUAGUUUUAAACCAAUACAAAGAGUUUGCAAUGUUAAAACACUGAUACUGUAUCUACUGAGCACACAAAUGUCCCGUCAUCAUUAUCAUCAUCCAUUAAAUGUGUCGACUCACUCAUGUCUUCUGGCUGGAAUGGGUCACAGUUAAAAGUUUGCGUUGUCUGCA